AUGCAGAAUAUGAAGAAGAAAGCCUGUGAUUCCACUAGUAGCUCUAAUAACAACAACAGUAGUGGUGAUGGUGAAGCUCAGAAGCAGAAAGAGAGGCAUAUAGUUUCCUGGUCUCAAGAGGAAGAUGAUAUAUUAAGGGAACAAAUCGGUAUCCAUGGAAUCGACAAUUGGGCUAUUGUUGCAUCCAAGUUUAAGGAUAAAACUACAAGGCAAUGUAGAAGAAGAUGGUUCACUUAUUUGAAUUCUGAUUUCAAGAAAGGAGGAUGGUCACAAGAGGAAGACAUGCUUUUAUGUGAGGCUCAAAAGAUUUUUGGUAACAGAUGGACUGAAAUAGCAAAAGUGGUUUCAGGCAGAACGGAUAAUGCUGUCAAGAAUCGGUUCUCCACAUUGUGUAAGAAGAGAGCAAAGAAUGAAGCAAUGGCAAAAGAGAACAAGACUUGUUACAUCACACCAAACAACAAAAGGACCAGAUUUCAGAAUGGACAAAAUGACGACAGAGUUCUAGAACCUUCAAUGCCUCUUUCGAAAAUGAGGAGGAAACAUAUUCCUGAUACAACAGAAGAGAGCCAUAACAUCAACACCUUGACAACACAGCUUCAUCCCAAAAGCGAAGAGGCCUCAAAAGAUGGAACAUUUCUGAAGAAAGAUGACCCGAAGAUUAUUGCAUUGCUACAACAAGCAGAACUUCUCAGUUCACUUGCACUCAAAGUUACUCUGGAGAAAACAGAGGAAAGUUAUGAAAAUGCUUGCAAGGCUGUUGAAGAUUUUUUAAAGAAAACCAAAGAAAGUGAUGUGCUUGGAGUUAACAAUAACAUGUCUGAUAUGGACAUAAGAAGUUGUGAUGAAGGCAGCCAACAAUCAUGGAGACAACCAGAUUUAUAUCAGGGAUCCCCAGAAAGCUCAGAGUACAGUACAGGGUCAACUGCUCUCUCCCAAGUGAUUGAGAAAAUUUGUGGUAAAAAUAUAAUAACACCUGAUUCAACAACAAACCUAGAUAUCUUAGCUUCUUGUGAUGAAUGUGAGAAUGAUGUUGGAGGCAUAUGUCCCUUGCCAAAUUCACAAUUCAACUCCCCACUUCAAGUAACUCCAUUGUUUAGAUCAAUGGCAGCAGGAAUUCCAAGCCCACAGUUUUCAGAAAGUGAAAGGAACUUCCUACUAAAAACACUUGGAAUGGAAUCAACACCACCACCAAAGCCAGAAAUCAGAACUUCACAACCUCCACCUUGCAAAAGGGCUCUUCUUCAUUGCCUUUGAUUUGAUUAUUCCCAUGUAAUGUAGAGUUUUUUCAUAGGAUUUUGCAUCUCAUAUCAUAUCAGCCUGAUUUUUUAAACAAAAAGGUUUGAUCAACAUCAAGAUCUGCAUCAAAAUCUGGAAUGUUCCGGUACAUUCCAGAACAACCACAACCACAAGUAGAUCAAGGAUUUACAUUUUACUAGUUGACAUGCAUUGUUUUUGUUUUUUCAUUUUUGGAGGGUUUCGAAUAUGGCUAGUAUUCCCCCUCAUAAUUAUUUGGCCUCAAAAUACGCCAAAAUCAUGCACAGAACAUAUAUAUUUUUUUUCUUACAGAGUGUAAUUAUACAUCGGCGAGUUGCUGAUAUUUACAAUAUUACCCCCUAAAUGGAAAAGGGGGAGGUUUUAGAAGCAUAGAAGUGAGUGAGCGAGUGAGGAGGAGGCUCAACCAUCCCAGUUGAACUCCAUUUUUAGUGUGUGUGUGUAGAAUAGAGGUUAUGGUAUAAGUUUUUUUUUUAUUUUUUGAUAUUGUAAUGUAUUAAACCUACAAUGAUUGGUUUUUAGCGGAUGUGAUUCUUGUGUGCAGAAGCUUAUUCCUUUUUUUUUUUUUUGCCUUCAAAGUUUCUUAAGUUAUU